GCGUGGUGUGUUGUGGGAAACAUUCAAAAUGUCGGAACGCUACAGCUUUUCUCUCACCACAUUCAGCCCCUCUGGGAAGCUGGUGCAGAUUGAGUAUGCUCUGGCCGCUGUUGCAGCAGGAGCGCCCUCUGUCAGCAUCAAAGCCUCCAAUGGAGUAGUCCUGGCCACAGAGAAGAAACAGAAGUCUGUGCUGUAUGAUGAGCAGAGCGUUCACAAAGUGGAGAUGAUCACCAAGAACAUCGGCAUGGUGUACAGUGGGAUGGGCCCUGACUACAGGUUGUUGGUUCGCCAUGCCCGGAGGAUUGCACAGAACUACUUCCUGACGUACCAGGAACAGAUCCCCACCACCCAGCUGGUACAGAAGGUGGCCUACGUCAUGCAGGAGUACACACAGUCUGGAGGUGUGCGUCCGUUUGGAGUGUCUCUGUUGGUGGCAGGCUGGGAUGAGGACAGACCUUACCUGUUCCAGUGUGAUCCUUCUGGGGCUUACUUUGCCUGGAAAGCCACAGCUAUGGGGAAGAACUUCAUCAACGGCAAGACAUUCCUGGAGAAAAGGUACAAUGAAGACCUGGAGUUGGAAGAUGCCGUGCACACAGCUAUUCUAACACUGAAGGAGAGUUUUGAAGGGCAGAUGACGGAGGACAACAUAGAAAUCGGCUUGUGUAACGAGUCUGGGUUCCGUCGACUCAGUCCCAGUGAAGUCAAGGACUACCUGGCUUCAAUAGCAUAGAUGGAAGCUCUGUAUAUACUGUUCUUUACUAUAAGCACACUACGUAUACUGUGGGUGCUCUGUUUAGUGUUCACAACUUAUGAAAUAGGAUGGCAAGAUGUUUAUUUACAAGGGUCUAUUGUCAUAAUAUGACCACAUAAAGAAUAACAUUAGAAUACUUGCAUAAUACCUGGCUCAAAAACAGCAUCAGUUUUGGAGAUGCAUAUGAAAAACAAUAAGUAGUACAUGUAGUUGAUGAUUUAAACUUGAUACAGGUUAAACCAUACCGUUUGUGUGCUACAAUUGUUUGUCUUUGUUCUUGCAUAAUAAAUAUUAACCCCAUCUAAACUUAUCUGCAGUACAGAUGAGUUUAGAUUGGAUCUGA